AGGAACGACUUUGACGGCGACGCACAAGGUACAGAGUUACUGAUGAAGCAGCCAGUCCAGCUUCGAGUUGCCCCGCUACAUAAACCGCACUUAAAUCGACCCGGGAGAGGAACAGAACAGAGUGGACAGAGUCCAGGGAAACUGGAAGAAGAAUCUGGAUUUUAACGGAAAGAGAACCAUCAUAUUAAAUAAUCACAAGAGGCUCCGCGAUUCAAAACAGGCUUCGGGGACACCCGUUCUAGAUUUGCGCGAGUGUUGGACAGCUGCAGCCGACUUCAACUUCUUUGUCGGGUUCUGUAAAUAAUUGUCAACAAACUUGGACCCGUUAUUUAACCUUCAACCGUUUUCCGUUUCUCUGGGCUUUAUUCUGUCAAUUUUAAGCCUGUUACACAAAGCAGUUCAGUAAAUGACUGACAUAUUACGGUUAAAGUCACUAUGCGUGCUUUGUGAGCUGGCUUCUGGUGCAGUGACACCAACAUGCCACUUCCAUAAAGCUGGUUGUUAGGAAAUUACUUUUUAUCGGCUAAUCCUGAUACGGAAUUGUGAGUAAAAUUGGGACACGGCCGCAAGUAAUAAUAGGCAACCUAAGCGUUUUAGAAAUCUUGGCAACAGUGCCAGACUUCUCUGAUCCCCCUCCUGGGACUGUGGUCAAUUCAAACAGAACUGUGGAGAAGACUUGUAGUUUGGCAGUCAAAAGGACAACCUUUCGAACAGCUGCAACACCUCUGUCUACUCGAGUGAACCUUUGUUUCUGGAAGCGAUACUGACGGAGUUGAUGAAUGUCAUUGUCUGUAUUGAUGUCCUCGCCAUAGCAAAUGUAAAAUUAGUUCCUCUUAACAUUUAUAGUAUUUCUGAGGAACUCCUUGGAAGGUGACCAACAUAAACUAUUCUUAACAACUUGAAGCACGUCUUUGUACCCAGUGGCACAGUGGACAAUUGGACAAGGUAUCCAUUUCCUUGUCCGGGGUUUUGGCAAGCCAAGAGUYGGCUAUGGCAUCCUCAUGGGAAAACUGGAUUUGCUUACUCUGGAGACGGACGUUAGUUCCCUCUCUCCUCGUGCUUUGGGUCACCUGUCUCGGGACACACGGAGGAGAAGAUGACGCUUUUAAUGCAGAGUCAUGGCUGCGGAUGUAUGGCUACCUACCUCAGGCCAGCAGACAGAUGUCCACCAUGCGGUCAGCUCACAUCCUUUCCAAUGCCGUCAGCGACAUGCAGCGUUUCUACGGCCUGGCGGUCACCGGCGCCAUGGACCACGGCACGGUGACAGCCAUGCGGAGGCCGCGCUGUGGAGUCCCAGACAAGUUUGGGGGUCAGAUCAAGACCAACGUUCGGCGCAAACGUUAUGCACUCACUGGCCACAAAUGGAACAAGAGCCACCUCACCUACAGUAUACAGAACUACACACCAAAGAUCGGGGAGUACAACUCGUAUGAGGCCAURCGUAGGGCCUUCAAGGUGUGGCAGAAGGUGACCCCGCUGACCUUCGAUGAGAUCCCCUACCAGGAGAUCAAAUAUGGCCGCAGGAAGGAGCCUGACAUCAUGAUCUUCUUUGCCUCGGGUUUCCAUGGAGACAGCUCACCCUUCGAUGGCGAGGGCGGGUUCCUGGCCCACGCCUACUURCCUGGUCCUGGUAUGGGUGGUGAUACUCACUUUGACUCUGAUGAGCCGUGGACCAUCGGCAAUGGGAACUUGCAAGGUAAUGAUUUGUUCCUUGUUGCGGUACAUGAGCUGGGCCAUGCCCUGGGCCUGGAACACUCCAACAACCCAAUGGCCAUCAUGGCUCCUUUCUACCAGUGGAUGGAAACGGACGACUUUCAACUGCCUGAGGAUGACCUCAGAGGAAUACAACAGAUCUAUGGUCAGCCAGACGGUACACCCACCCAGGCUCUUCCCACUGUCACUCCUCGCCGGCCAGCCCAGCCAGACCCCAAACCCCCCAACGCUCCACCCAACUCUCCCCCCAACUCUCCCCCCAAGUCACCCCCCAACUCUCCUCCCAACACUCCCCCCAGAUCUCCCCCUAACUCUCCCCCCAACGCCCCACCCCGGAAGCCAGACAAUCCCCGCACGACUGACCGCCCGGACCACUACGGCCCAAACAUCUGUGAAGGAAACUUCGACACGGUCACCAUGCUCAGGGGAGAGAUGUUUGUGUUCAAGGGUCGCUGGUUCUGGAGGGUGCGGAGGAACAGGGUCCUGGACAACUACCCAAUGCCCAUUGGUCACUUCUGGAGGGGACUGCCUGGGGACAUCGAUGCAGCCUACGAGAGACACGAUGGGAAAUUUGUCUUCUUUAAAGGGAAUAAGUACUGGUUGUUCCGGGAGGCAAACCUGGAGCCUGGUUACCCCCAGGAGCUGACAGACUACGGCAGGGACAUCCCCUAUGACAAGAUAGAGACAGCCAUCUGGUGGGAACCAUCAGGUUUCACAUACUUCUUCAAAGGAGACUGGUACUGGCGCUUUAACGAACAGUCCCGUGCGGUAGACAAGGACUACCCCAAGCCAAUCAGUGUGUGGGGCUCUGCGGUCCCGUCCUCUCCCAAGGGGGCUUUCCUCAGCGAUGAUGGAGCUUAUACGUAUUUCUACAAGGGAUCCAAGUACUGGAAGUUUGACAACCACCGGAUGAAGAGUGAGCCGGGCUACCCUAAGUCCAUCCUGAGGGACUUCAUGGGCUGCAGUGUGGACCUGGACCCAGACAGAGACAGGGACACCGACGCGGGCCGCAAGGUCCCCGACGUGGAUCGCCCGCCCUUCAACCCUGACGCAGGCCGGGACAAGGAGAAGGACAAGGAGCGGGACAAGGAUCAGGACCGUACCAACGAUGUAGACUAUAKGGACGAGAGAGAAGAGGAGACCAACGAGGUGGACGUGGUGCUGAAGAUCGACGAGAGCGAGACGCGCACUAUGAACAUCAUCAUGGUGACAGUACCUCUGGUCCUGGUGCUGUGCAUCUUGGGACUGAUCUACGCCAUCAUCAACACACUGAAGAGGAAAGGAACUCCCAAACUUCUGGUCCACUGCAAACGCUCCAUGCAGGACUGGGUGUGACCUCUGACCCACUUAAUAACCCCCCAUUUGAAUCCUAUCCUCAUUCCUCUAUCUUCUCAUCCAAAACAUGGUAGUAGAGACAUAAGUGCAAAUACAUACACACAUAUGCACACACACACUCACACACACAGCAAACAUAAACACACUCCUAACUCGUCCCCCUCCCAUGGUGCUCUCCCCAAUGACUUGUCUGUAGUCUAUUUAUAUCAGAACGUUUGCACAUUGUUUUUUGUUUUUGUUUGGUUCAUGUUGUGUGUGAGUCUUUUUUUCUAAACCAGGAAGUGUCUGCAUUAUUCUCUCUCUCUCUCUCUCUGCCCGUUACAGCGGGUUUCUCUGAGAUAACUUCCAUCUGGUCCUUGGAUUAGCCUUUGAAAGGCAAACAGAGACAAAACAGAGCGAUAGAGAGAGACUGCAGCGCAGAAUGAAGGGAGUGAAGGAGGUUUGAUUCUGUGAAAAGCAGAGAGCCCCCCCCUCCCUCCCUCUCCCACCCCUCCCUCCCACCUCCUCCCUCACUCAGGACUCCUUCAGCUGAAGCAGGCCUACUGCACGUCAGGUAUCAACAGGAGAGAGAUCAGUGUAAAUAGUGUCACUUUUGAACUGCAACUCACCCAAUGCCUUUUAUUACGAGACCUUCCAUGUUGAACAGCCACUAACUUAACUUUUGGUUUGCUCAUCUGUUUUUAAUUCAAGGGCACCAUGGAUGAUAUUGGAAAUCUUGUCCAUACUUUAUAGACAACUUUCACAAAUGUUUGGCUUAUUCAACCAAACAUGGUCCCGUGGUGCCUUUUUCAUUUCUAACCUUGUUUCGGUCCUAUUAACCAUGGCAAUGAGAGUUUGAGUUGUUAUGAUAGGGAAGGGUUGGAAAAGAAAGGUGCUUGUUUCCUUUUUUUAGUUUUUUUAAGACAAAGGCAAUUCACUGUGAAAUGACUCUGUGUGGGACUUGGAGGAGCAGUUGAGGUACCGAGGUAGGAGAGAGACAGGUGGUAUUGAACGAAUAUCCACUGGGCAAAAACGAAUUGAAUCAAUGUUGUUUUCACAUCAUUUCAAUGUGAGGAUGUUGAAUCAAUGUGGAAAACUGAUUGGAUUUGCAAAAAGUCACCAACGUAAGGGAAUCAAAUUUUCCCACCAAACUUUUAACCUAAAUCCAARCCAGCUAGCACAUUUGGUUCCUUGGAAGUUGUGGGAACAGAAGUUUUUGGUUAUCCAUUGGUUCUGGGAAAGAYGCCAUACAUUUCCUGAAUAGUAAAACGGAAUGUCUUUUAAACGUUCUGAGAAUGGAAAUGAAKAUMUUGCCUGUUCUGGGAACYUUCAUUUGUAGGUUGCAGGGAGGUUGUGAGAACUUUUUACUAUGGUUCCCUGAAAGUUUUCCUGUGAGGUUUUAUUAAUGUUCUGAGGUGGAAAUUAUAGGUUAUUUGAAGGUAAUUAAAUAAAGUUCUGGGAAUAAGACUUUUAAUACUACUGCUAGCUUAGGUUAACUGUUAUGAACUCCAAGCACAGAUAGGACACAUGGAAAUUCACCUUCUUAGGAACUUAUGAUAUUCUGCUCUCUCUCCAUGGACUUAGURCAUUGAUGCUGAGAACAGAAUGUAUGUUUUUAAAUAACAUUCUUAGAACGUUCUUUAAARGUUACUAAUGUUUUAUUGUGGGAUUUUAUGGAACAUUUUAUGAAUGUUUCUGAGAAAAUGACUUUCAAUAGAACCAUGAGGAAACCUGCAGAAAACUUUAUGCUGAAGUACUGAAAUUCCCACGGAAGAACGUUGUUUCUUAACGUUCUCUGGACGUUCUGAGAACAUAACUUUAAAUAGAACCKUGAGAAAACCUGUAGAAAAAGUUAUUCUGAAGUACCGAAAUUCCCACAGAAGAACUUUGUUUCUUAACGUUCUCUGAACAAUUGGAGAACAUUACUUUAAAAAGAACCAUGAGGAAACCUAUYGGAAACAGUACUGACAUUCCAACCUAAGAAAUAUAUGGUUCUCAGAACUUUAUGUGCUAGCUGGGUACCCUGCACCAUUCCCAGAACAUUGUGGGAAGGUUUUAUGCAAAAUAACCAUAGGACAACCACGCUCUCACCAAGCUCAAAGAAAUGUGAUUCUCAGAACAUUAUGCGCUAGCUGGGAAUGACAUGCUGAAAUGUUUUGUUGAUUUCAUGUUGAAUUGAAGUUAGUUGACAACUCAACCAAAAUUAAAUCAAACUAGAGUUUGAAAUAACAUCUGUGCCCAGUGGGUAAGAGAUUGACUAACACUUUUCAUCGGAGAAAUACUUGGAACAAGCGAUACUUCAGCCUCCUGAAAUGUUUUAAUAAAUAUAAUUCAAGUAAUGCA